GAGCACCACAGCGGAAAUGCGUCACUGUCGUUUUCAAUAAGGCAUGCUGGGAAAUUACGCUCUCUCUUUCCGGCUGGUACGCCAUCAUAUAAGUCAACAUGGGAGCGUAUAGGUAUAUGCAGGAGUUAUGGCGGAAGAAGCAGUCCGACGUGAUGCGCUUCCUGCUUCGUGUCCGCUGCUGGCAGUACCGUCAGCUUUCCAGCCUCCACCGUACUCCUAGGCCCACCAGACCCGACAAGGCCCGUAGACUGGGUUACAAGGCCAAGCAGGGUUAUGUGAUCUACCGUAUCCGUGUGCGCCGUGGAGGCCGUAAACGCCCCGUGCCCAAGGGAGCGACCUACGGCAAACCCGUGCACCACGGAGUUAACCAGAUCAAGUUUGCCCGCAGUUUGCAGUCCACUGCUGAGGAGCGUGCUGGUCGUCACUGUGGAGGCCUGCGAGUCCUCAACUCCUACUGGGUGGGCGAGGACUCCACCUACAAGUUCUUUGAGGUGAUUCUGAUCGACCCCUCCCACAAGGCCGUCAGACGCAACCCCGACACGCAAUGGAUCACAAAGGCCGUGCACAAGCACAGGGAGAUGCGUGGCCUGACAUCGGCAGGAAAGAAGAGUCGCGGCCUCGGCAAGGGCCACAAGUUCCACGGCACCAUCGGAGGCUCCCGUCGCGCUGCCUGGAAGAGACGCAACACCCUGCAGCUGCAUCGUUAUCGUUAGAGCUCGUCUGUACAUUCAAACAAAUAAACAUCCUUUUUAUGGCGACA